AUGGGCCGUCUUCACUCCAAGGGCAAGGGCAUCUCUGCCUCCGCGAUCCCCUACUCGCGCCAACCCCCCUCCGUCGUCGACCAGAUCUGCAAGCUCGCUAAGAAGGGUGCUACCCCCUCCCAGAUUGGUGUCAUCCUCCGUGACUCCCACGGUGUUGCCCAGGUCAAGGUUGUCACUGGCCUUGCCCCCGAUCUCCCGGAGGACCUGUACAUGCUCAUCAAGAAGGCUGUUGCCGUCCGCAAGCACCUCGAGCGCAACCGCAAGGACAAGGACUCCAAGUUCCGCCUCAUUCUUAUUGAGUCCCGUAUCCACCGUCUUGCCCGCUACUACAAGACCGUCGGUGUCCUCCCCCCCACCUGGAAGUACGAGUCUUCCACUGCCUCCACCAUCGUCUCCUAA